AUGGAGUCCCUGAAAAUGCAAUUAACUCCAGAAUUUCACCAAACCCAAUUGCAUUUCAUGAACAAAUUUUCUUCCAAACUCAAACCCACUAUUGAUAUCAGAUCCUUCUGCGCCUCUUCUCUUUCCCAAACCCAGAAUCUGAACAACCCUGAAACCACAGUUCCUGUCAGAAAGCGUAGGUCUUUGGCUUCUUCCAAUGACCAACUCAAGGAGAAUUGGCUGGCUUCAAUCUCUUACUCUACUCCAGGAAAUACCCAUCUUUUGAAUGAAGACAAAUUUGAGGGCUCCACCAGAUGGUUCAUUGGAAUCGACCCAGAUGUUUCUGGCGCUGUUGCGUUGCUGAAAAUCCAUGAUUCGGUUUGUUCUGCUCAGGUAUUUGAUUCUCCUCAUGUGCAAUUACUUGUUGGUAAAAGAACACGAAGACGUUUAAAUGCCAGUUCUAUCGUUCAAUUGAUCAGUAGUUUUGAUGCUCCACCUGGAACCACUGCAUAUAUAGAGCAGUCAAUUCCUUUUCCAAAAGACGGGAAGCAGGGCUGGUGGAGUGGAGGAUUUGCAUACGGGCUGUGGAUUGGGAUUUUAGUUUCCGCAGGAUUUACUGUUGUUCCAGUGCCAUCUUUUACUUGGAAAGCUAAGUUUGAACUCUCUGGAAGCAAGACUGCAAAGGAUGAUAGCAGGAAACUUGCAUCCACAUUAUUUCCAUCACUGAGUUCCCUGUUAAGCAGGAAAAAAGAUCAUGGAAGGGCAGAGGCUUUAUUAAUUGCUGCAUAUGGCAAAGACCAAAACAAAAGCCAUGAACAUUCUGAGACCAUCAUUGACAAAUUGGAAACUUGA